UUCUCUCAUAUUUAUUAUACCUUCCUCCAGCUGAUCUAAAUCUAAUUUUCUGCUACCCCAGAGGUUGUAACGCCUUUUCAUUCUCAGCGUCCUUCUCCACUGGAAGUUGACGAAGUAUUGUCCUUUCCCAGUGUCCCGAUAGUUACUGAUUUUGCUUUUUUUUUGUUCUUUCUCCAUCUCUUUCUUCAGAACCUAUGAGGGCCCCCAAAGGCCUUGCCUUUGCAGAGAUCCAAUCCAGGCAGCUGAUCCUUCAGUGGGAGCCUCUGGGUUACAACCUGACACGCUGUCACACAUAUACUGUCACACUCUGCUAUCGCUAUGCUGUAGGCACUGGCCAUAACCAGACCUUUCGUGAAUGUGUGAAGAUGGAGCAUGGUACCAACCACUACACCAUCAAGAACCUUCUGCCUUAUAAAAAUGUCCAUGUCAAGCUCAUCCUGUCCAAUCCUGAAGGCCGGAAAGAAGGCAAAGAGAUGAUAUUUCAGACUGAUGAAGAUGUCCCUGGAGGCAUAGCUUCAGAAUCCCUCACAUUCACUCCUCUGGAGGACAUGAUUUUUCUGAAAUGGGAGGAGCCGGUGGAACCCAAUGGUCUCAUAACACAAUACGAGAUCAGCUACCAGAGCAUUGAAUCCUUUGACCCAGCAGUCAAUGUUCCUGGCCCACGACGCACCGUCUCCAAGCUCCGGAAUGAAACUUACCAUGUUUUCUCCAACCUUCAUCCCGGGACAACCUACCUUUUUUCAGUAAGAGCACGAACUGGCAAGGGCUUUGGUCAAACUGCUCUGACUGAGAUCACCACCAACAUCUCAGUGCAGCAUUUGGAGAUGACAACUAAAAGGAAAAUUAUUGGCCGCCUGGUGCCAUGCCGAUGUUUUCGAGGGGAAGAAGAAAUCGUCUCAGUGCUUGAUUACUCCCACUGCAGCCUUCAGCAAGUGCCAAAGGAGGUUUUUAACUUUGAACGGACAUUAGAGGAGCUUUAUCUGGAUGCCAAUCAAAUUGAAGAACUUCCUAAGCAAUUAUUCAACUGUCAAGCUCUACGUAAACUGAGUAUCCCAGAUAAUGACCUUUCAAGCUUGCCAACCAGCAUUGCCAGUUUAGUUAAUCUCAAAGAACUUGACAUCAGUAAAAAUG